ACUUCAGGAUGUACAUAUGAUAAUAACCUAUUUUUCAAGAAGAGUCAUAUUUUCCCCUUUCCUCUUCUUCAAUCGCCGUUCUUUCUUCAGUUCAAAGAACCAAUUUUUAUUUUUUUUUCUUCAAAGUUUUUCACAAUUUUUUUGUUACUGGUAACUUCCAUAGAUUUAUUUUUGCAUAGUUAAUUUCAUCAAAUACUGAAAGUUUCAGUUCUUAGCUGAAUCCAAUACUAAUUACAGUUUGAAAACAACAAUUUGAUAGGGCUUGAAGUUUCUUUGUGUUUUCUAAGUUAAGCUGAGCUCUCGCAUCGUCUUCAAAACUGUCCCGGGUGUAGAAUUUCUAAGCCAGAGUUAUCUAAGAUGCUUUCAAGAACUGCCAAAAUCCCGCUUGUGAGUUCACAUCCUGAGGUUUACGAACCAUGUGAUGAUUCAUUUGCAUUAGUCGAUGCAUUAUUAGCCGAUCGAACUAACUUAUUACAACACCAUCCUUCAAUUUGUAUGGAAAUUGGUUGUGGCAGUGGAUACGUUAUUACUUCACUUGCAGUUAUGCUUGGAGACGAAGAAUUUGUUCCAUACUAUAUAGCAACGGACAUUAACCCUCAUGCUAUAAAGGUGACUCGCGAGACCAUGGAUGCUCACGGGGUUUAUGCAGAGUUGGUAAACACGGAUAUUACAUCCGGACUUGAGAAGAGAUUGGCGGGGUCCGUUGAUGUGCUGGUUGUGAACCCUCCUUAUGUUCCUACGCCUGAAGACGAAGUUGGUUGUGAAGGCAUUAUGUCUGCGUGGGCUGGAGGGGAGAAUGGUCGAAGUGUUAUUGAUAAAAUACUGCCUGCUGCUGACAAUCUUUUGUCAGAUAGGGGCUGGUUAUAUAUGGUCACGCUUACUGCUAAUAACCCCUCGGAAAUAUGUCUUGAGAUGAGAAAGAAGGGUUAUGCGUCUCGAAUUAUCCUUCAGAGAUCAACUGAAGAAGAGAGCCUUCAUAUUAUCAAAUUUUGGCGAGAUUCUGAUAGCCAGUUGGAGCUAAAGAAUUUAAAUUAUUGGACAAAAAUGGUUAGGAAUUAGCAAAAAGGGUCUCAUUUUGCAAUUUCAUUGAUUGUCCGUUAAGGAACAUGUCUCUGGCUGUUAAAUAGCAUUGCAGAUAGUGGAGGAAGUUCAUCCGCUGGAUGUGGUGGUAUGGGGGUUUGUUGUCUUUAUUCAAUGGAUCAUCAGAAAAGCUGAUUCAUACUCAACUUUAUCAAGUACCGGAUUUGAUGCUUACAACUGUAGCUCGCUUCUAUACACUAUUAUUGAAUAAUUUGCUUCCAUAAUCUGCUCUGUUUGCAACAAGCUAGUGCACAUUAAUAUCUGGCAAUACUAAAGAAUCAGUUCAUGAAUAUGUUUGGGUGGAUAUUAUCUGGAUGACUGGCUGGUUUGCGUCUUAUUAAUUCACUAAUUUUCUUACUGCAUUUUGAUCCCGUUGUGCUGAAUUUGGAUAGCCUUAUAUCCAUGUAGAUGAAAAUUUCUAACCUGUUGCUUCA